AGCAGAAAUAAUGUAUACUAACAAGGGUAUUAAUAUAUAUACAGAUAAGCAUAAUCGGAAAUACAGUGUUGCUUUGUUUUAACAUUCAAUGUCUAGCAGUGACUUAAUAUUUGUCUGUGAAACUAAUAUUUAUUUGGAAUUAGAUGAAAAAAAUUAAAGCGACGUUAAAAUGGGAGACAACCCAGACACCCCUGAUCCUGUAACUGGGUUGACAGGAAAAGAGGUUGCGGCUAUACGAGAAAGCUGGGGUAAAUUGACAGCCUCCUGGAAAACAAAUGGACCGGAGUUUUUUGGCAUAUUGUUCGAGGAUCCAAAUAUACGAAAGUUUUUCAAAGCAUUCAAUGGCAUGAAAAUGGAAGAAAUCCGGACAUCAGCCAAGCUUCGUGCACAUGCAAUCAACUUUAAACAUGGCAUUACCUCAUUUGUUGAUAAUUUAGACGAUCUAGAUUGCUUAGUUGUCCUGGUUCAUAAGCUGACUGCCAAUCAUUUUAGAAGAGAAAUUCGGGUAGAGCAAUUCAAGGAGGCUUUUAGAUUAUUCCUUAUCUUCGCACAAAGUAAAAUGAAAAUGGACGAGCUGACGGUAAAUGCCUGGGUGAAAACAGUAAAAGUUCUUGAAGAUGUUAUUGGUAAACACAUGGACGAGUUAGACUCGCAAACGAAUGAUAAAGCUACUUGAAAUAUGAUAGGGAAGGAUGCAAUAAUACGGACUAAGUGUAAAGCAAGCGUCAGGACAUACCACUAUGUUCGCAGUUUCAAUGUGUUUGUCUUCUUCGUUAUCAUAAAUUAACCUUUGAUAACGUUUAAAAUUUUUGUUACCUUGAUUUAUAUUUUUGAUAUUGUAUAUCGUUUAUGGAGAAUAUACAAGAAGGUGUUAAUGCAGUUGAAAUUUGUUGGAAUAUUCAAAUUCUAUGACGCAGUUGACAGAGAUAGUUUGCACAUAUAUUUGUAUCACAUAUUUUUAUAUUAGUUAUAAACCUGAUUUUUAGGAUUUAAUACUGGCUACAAUUCAAUUUUAUGACACUUUAUUGACAUUCGGUUUAAUUUAAAAUAAUUGGUGUGUCUAACUUUGAACAUGAUACUGACUAUGAGAAAAGCGGGUGAUUUUGAUUUUAAUAAAAACGAAGAUGCAGAAACUUGGUAGACAACUCUGAGAAGUCUUAUCGGACCAGCCAGGCAUGCAAGUUAGGGCUGACCUGACUUUAGUUUUUCAUUUAUAUGUUAUUACAUUUUUCUGGUCUAUCGGGAUCACUGAUUCCAAAACUUUCAUAGUGUUGAGGAUUGAAUACCUCUUCAGCCAGUGCUUAGGUUUGUGAGAGGUUUGUGAGGUGUUGCACCACUUGAAAACAGACUCAAAACAUUGUCUGCGAUUUUCAACUUCUAGUAUCUGUUUUUUGUUGUUUUUGCUGUUGAGGGAUCACCCCACUUGUUCAUAUUUUUAUACUUACCACAUUGCUUAGUCCAUAUA